UCUCUGCCCCUCCCCUGCUCACACACCUGCAUUCUUUCUCUCAAAAUAAAUAAAUAAACUUAAAAAAAGAAUAUAUUUUAUAUACUGCCAAAGUUCCAAAUCAUGAAAGAAUUGAGACUCAUGAUUCAUAAAACCCUCUUAUUUUGGGACUCUGUGUGUCAUAAGUUAUUAUUCAAGACUCACUUAGCUUGGUCAUUUACUUACCAAAUUUUUACUGAGAGCCUCCUGCAUGCCUGACACUGUGACAGCCAGAGUUUGUUUGUUUGUUUGUUUGCACAUUCCCCUGGCUGGAGAGCCCCACUGUCUGCAACAUGGCCAUGUCAGAGCUCAACCCCAACUCUUUGCCCUCAUUCCCAGAUAUAGCUCUUAACCCUUUGCCCAGGUGGAGAGACCAAUGGAAGGUAAUGAAAGGCAAAUUGAGAAAUUCAGCAGUGAGCCAGAUUCAUAGACUGGGACAGAACCCUGGGGAGGUGGACUGCCUCCAUUGAUCCCUCCCAGUGUCCUUGACAGUGGCUGGUUUACUUACUACUGCAGGAGGGCCCAUGAAGAUGUCCCCAGGCUGGUUCUUCCUUCUGGGCUCCUUCCCCUCUCCUGGCUGUCGCUGCCUGUGCUGGGCCUUUUGUUGCUGAAAGCAGAUCUGUCCCUCUCUUACCACUCCUGGGUUUGGGAUAUAAAUCAUAGCCAUGAAAUCACCUGGUCUCAGUCUGACUCCCCUGGGCCCACCCCAUGGCACUCCUCAGUGUCACCCAACUGCCUCUGGGGCAGGUCAUCUCACUCCAGCAAGAGGAGCCUGCAGUGACUUUGGAGGCCUCUCUUGGCCACUCUGGGAACAAACCUAGUCCUAGGACAUGGGACCCACAGGUGGACAGCUCUGCCAUGUUGGAUUGUAGGAAUAAAGGGUAUCCUUGUCUCAGCUUGGUUUCCUCUCCACUCAGUCUAGCAAGUAGUCAGUUCUGUUGUAACAGGACACAGAAGUUCUUAAGUAUCACCAUGCUAUGCCAAACCCCACACAAAGAAACCACAGGAUUUAUGGAAAAUGGAGUUAGGAGCAUAGUACUCAAAAACAUUGUCAGUGACACAUAAAAAGAAAACCAGGUAAACCAUAGCAGAGUUUGACACAUGUUAAGAGGUUGAGAGAAAUACAAAUGCUACAAUGAACACAACACUUUACGUUGAGAAGGCCAUGAAGUUUACUUGUGGGCAUGGACAGAAGAAGGGCUGCAUCUUGUGAGUUAUGGUGAAGUGAUAAGAGGAGCUUUGUCUGAAAUCAGAUAGAAAGUUGUGAAGUGUGGGAAGGUAGUUGAUGGGUGUUAGCAGUGUGUGUGUGUGUGUGUGUGUGUGUGUGUGUGUGUGUGUGUGUGUUGUGUAUCCUGUAAUGCUCACUCUCAGCUUGAUACAGUUUCUGUGUUUGGAUUGCACAAAGCCAAGUGUGAAACUCAGUUAUCCUCAAAUUGUUUCAUAAUGUAUUGCUGGUGUUGGCACAUGUUUGUACAUUUAAACCAAGUGACAUAGCAGAACUGACUGUAUCUCCCUUUUCCUGUGUCAACAGUCUUCCACUUUCCUGAAUCUUCCACCUCAAUAUUUGAAGAUUUUAAGGACCAAGAACUUAAAAUAACAAUCUGCACUGCACACACUUGUGCAUGUAUCUUUCCAUGGCACUUCCCAGUUGCACCCUUGUAUCUUCAGGAUCUGCCUUUCACUGACUCAGCCUCUCCAAUACAGGCUUUUGGCAAGAAGUCGCUAUACAUUUACGAAGUGAGGAAUUACGGGGGCGCCUGCGUGGCUCAGUCGAUUGGGCAGCUGACUUUGGCUCAGACUCCACACCUCCUCACUGCUCAAAGGCUCAACUUGGUUUCUACAAAAGUGAGAAGACUGAGAGAAGGGAGGUAGUAGAGACAAUGAAUUGGCAAUGUGGCCUGAAUGGAUCUUUGAUGGCAGAAUAAUAAGAGGAAUCUCAGUACGGCAUCCAAAAUUAUGAAACACUAUGAACGUGGAAAAAGAGAAUGCAAAGGGGGCAUAUUAAGACUCAUUAGCAAAACCCUUUUGUGAACUUAGAAUUGGCCUAGCAUCCAACAAGGAGGUCGCUACAGCUCUGAACUUUGUGUCUACCUCUGUACACCACCACUUAAAGGAGAGGGAGCUACAGGACGAGAUACUGAGGAGAAAAACAAAACAUUCAUUUGUGAAAUGGUUGGGGAAUAAUCCAAGGAAGAACCUAAUCAAUGUUGGAGUCAUCAGGGACCAUUUAUUCUGUAACCUGGGAGUCAAGUGAAGUUUGGAGGAGUGAGGGAUCUCCAAAUUAAGAAAGUUUCCAGGUGUUAGGAUUUUUGGCAGUUUCAGAUGAAGUCUUCCACUGUCCUGAACCUUCCACCUCAGUAUUUGAAGAUUCCAAGGACUAAGGACUUCAAAAAAAAAUCUCUAUUGCAUGCACAUCCUGAUUCCAUCAGGACACAAUAUUACAUUUAGAUGCCAGGUCUCCACAAUCCUUUUGCUUUGAUACUUUUCUUAUGAUUGGACCAGGAUUAUGUGUUUUUGGAGAAAUGCCAAAGAGCACCAUGGACCCUCCCAUGAGGAACGUGAGAUGCCAUUUUUAAGACCACUGCUGAACUAAAGAGGGAGGAAUCAGGCCGGGGUUUUGUGGGUCAGGAAUUCAAAAAGAAUACAGUGGAGUGGAGUGCUGUGGCUUUCUUCUACUCAAACAGGUUCUGUCUUCUCAUGAAGGUGGUAGCCAGAGGUAGACACUGUGAUAACCCCCCAGCAAUGGAGAAAUCAUGAUUUUUGUUUCUUUUCUCUCUUCCUUCUCUAAGCCAUUGACGAUGGCCCUUAGUAAUUCCAGCUGGAGGCUACUGCAGCCUUCUUUUUUCCUGAUGGGCAUCCCCGGUUUAGAGGAAAGCCAGCACUGGAUAGCAAUGCCGCUGAGUGUCCUUUAUCUCUUUGCUGUAAUGGGCAAUGUCACCAUCAUCUUUAUCGUCUGGACUGACCCAUCCUUGCACCAGCCUAUGUACCUCUUUCUGGCCAUGCUCUCUGGCAUUGACCUGGUGCUGGCGUCCUCCACUGCACCCAAAACCCUUGCAGUGCUCCUGGUUCAUGCCCAUGAGAUUGGGUACACUGUCUGCCUGACCCAAAUGUUCUUCAUCCAUGCGUUCUCUUCCAUGGAGUCAGGUGUACUUGUGGCCAUGGCUCUGGAUCGCUAUGUAGCCAUUUGUCACCCUCUGCACCAUUCCACCAUCUUGCAUCCAGGGAUCAUAGGGCGCAUUGGAAUGGCAGUGCUGGUACGAGGGUUACUCCUCCUCCUCCCCUUCCCUAUCCUGUUGCGGAGACUUAUCUUCUGCCAGGCCACGGUCAUAGGCCAUGCCUAUUGUGAACAUAUGGCUGUGGUGAAACUUGCCUGCUCAGAAACCACAGUGAACCGAGUUUAUGGGUUGGUAGUGGCCCUGCUUGUGGUUGGGCUAGAUGUCGUGGCCAUUGGUAUUUCCUAUGCCUUCAUCCUCCAGACAGUGCUGAAAGUACCAGGGGGUGAGGCCCGACUUAAGGCCUUUAGCACAUGUGGGUCUCACAUUUGUGUCAUCCUGAUCUUCUAUGUUCCUGGAAUGUUCUCCUUCCUCACUCACCGCUUUGGCCACCAUGUACCCCAUCAUGUCCAUGUUCUUCUGGCCACACUCUACCUCCUCGUGCCACCUGCACUCAAUCCUCUUGUCUAUGGGGUGAAGACUCAGCAGAUCCGCCAGCGAGUACUCAGGGUAUUCUCCCUAAAAGGAUGGAUCUGAACACAUCCCAGUUAUUAUUUUCUGAGGCUCCUGUCAAAGGUACUGCCUGGAGUCCAUGGCUGGUCUAAGCUAUGUGGGUAGAGACCAUUGCACAGUGAGGGGUCCUUCCAGUCCUGCUAUCUCAUGGCAGAGAACACCCCUGGGCACUUGGCUCCAUCACUGUUUGGACUCCCUGAAUAGCUGGAUUUUUUUAUUAUUUUCUUAUCUUUUGUUUUGCUUCUGAUUCUAACAUUUCUCUAUUCCUCUAUCAAGGGGACUUGAGAAGUGGAGAAAAGAUAUAUCUUUGGACAUGCCAUUUUUUUCUGACUUCACCCAAUGACUGUGGAACAUCAUCAAGUAAGGGAAUGGGAAGUCCCAGCCUCUUCUUUGUUUUAGUUUUAGAGUGUCUUCACACCCUCAAUGUUAUUGCUAUGAGCUCUAGGUCACUCAGCUUCCAUGUAGCAACAGAGUCUGUCUCUAACCAUUUGAUACUAUCAAUAUGUCAGAAAACACCUUUUUAUUACAGUAUGACUCUUACUCACAUAUUUAAAUUAACCUAAGUGGGGAGACAUGGUAAUGGGUUCUUAGAAAAAUGAGAUACAAACACUAUUUUCAAGGAAGAAAUGUAUAUUGUAGAGUGCAUUUCUUUUUAAAAGGUCAGUCUUUUUUAAUUUAUUCAUAUUUUUUAUUAGGGUAAAGAAGGAAUAAGACCAGUAUUGAAUGUAUGUACGUUUUGUAAGUCUUAAUUUAACAAAGCUAAACACCCAUAUAUUAAUAUUAUUUAAUAACUACAAAAUGUGCUAGAGUCUGAUACUGGUAAACAAAGCUUUAUUAAUACAUGUAGAUGUAGUUUUGGCACUUGAAAGAAUUUCUAUUUCUGAAAUGUGGAUAUGGAAUGAUGUCAGUUAGACCCCCGUCCCCACUUUUUUGGUAACAGGAACUGGGUAAAAUUUAUAAGAAGAUUGUUACAAUUGGUGUAUUGCAUCCUGUUUGUUGGAUGUUGCCCUAAAAUCUGGCUUAAACUCUUUUGUGUUCCUAAAAGGUAGCACAUUUUGUUCUGUUCUGGAGGAAGCAAGUCACUGCUGCUUUGAGGUAGGAUGCUCUGGUGUUGAGAGGGAUCUAUCAAUGGACUCCAUAGUGGUCAAAAGGGGGGAAUGGAUGAGUUAGUGUUCCAGUUUCUCCUUUCUUGGUAAAUUUCACUCCUAAUAGUUUUCAGGUACAGAGACUUAAGUAGGAAGUCUUCAGUUUGGUGCACACACAUGGGUGAAUUAGGGAGGAAUUGUAUGAGUUCUUAUUGUGGGAACAAUUACACGUUCUCAUCACGUUGGUUGUAGGCACAGGACUUGAACUCCAGUGAGUUGUCCUGAGGAAGCCCAGGUUGUGGUGUAUGUUGUAUCCCAUUCACUAGAAAACAACUAUGUUGGCUCUAGCGGUACUUUGUUUAGGUACCUUGUUUACUUUGUUUUAUUCAAAGUAGCUGUUUGUUCUCUCAUCCCAUGUACACUAUUUGUGGAUUUUUGGGAUGUGGGUAUGAUGGUGGGAUCUGAAGAGCUUCUUGGAUCACAAGAUGGAAAAAUGUACCGAAGAUGGCAGAACAACACUGUAGAAGAGCCUGUGUUCCCGAAGCUGUCUGGGCCACCAACCCUGACUUGAACCUGAGAUAGAAACUUGUAUCUGGGUUAAACCCCACUAUAUUUUGGAGAAUCUUUUUGGUGGUGACUAACCUAUAGGCUAAAAAGUAGAUUUUUUUUUUUAAAUCUCAGACCAUCUAAAUGGGAUAUGUAUUAUGCUUGAAGGAUGUCUUUUAGAAUUUCCUUUUGAAAGAUUUUAAACCUUUUUUUGGCCUAAAUAUCUGUUUGUUUGCUGUCAUUGAAGUUUACACUCAGAAAAUAUUCAUAUCAUAUCUUAUUGUUUUAUUUUCUACUGUGGUUAUAGUAUAUCCCCUAUUUUAUCCCUAGCAGUGUUUAUUUGUGCCUUCCCUGAUUUCCUUGCUCACCUGUGCCAAAUAUUUAUCAAUAUUAUGAAAAUAUUUAAAUGUUUAGACUCAUAGCCAUUCAGCUUAAUGUUAGCACUGGCUUUUUGGAUUUAGAUUUCUUGUCACAUAUUGUGCAGAAAAGACUGUACUGACACAGCUGCCCUGGCAAUACAAGAACAAUUCCCUCAUCAGUUCACUAAAGGAUUCCUUUCAAUUUCUAAAAUUUCAAUUUAUCAGUUCUAUUGAUUCCAAGCUUGUGUUAUUUCUUGAAUCUAUUAAUAAGAACAAUUCUCAGGUCUGUAUCAAGCUGUAACCCAUUCCUUUUCCUAACUCAUAAGUCUACUCUCCACACAUACAUACCUACACUGGUUUGCAGAUUUCUUCAUUCUGGUGUUUAUAAAGUUAAUACAAUCUGACUUAUAAGUUCCAGAAAUAUUUGAAAAUGUAUGAUCCAACCCUAGAACAAUUCCCCAAAUUCUAGUAAUUUUAUUGAAUUAUUCUUACUUUUGUGUCUUUUUAGUCAUUAGAUUUCAAACUACAUCACAGAGCUAUAGUAAUCAAAACAAUAUGGUAUUGACAUAAAAACUGACACAUAGAUCAGUGAAACAGAUCAGAGUUCCUAGAAAUAAACUCAUGCAUAUAUGUAUAAUUUAAUUAUAAUAAAGUAGUCACAAAUAUGCAAUGA